AUGGCAUGGGAGAGGGCAGAACCCUUGUGGCCAUCGACAGCUGAAGUCCCACGGCCAAGGGUCUCUCUUCCCAACUCGACCCAAAUCUGCUGCGGAUCCUCCCGCAGAUCGCGAGGUCUGCCCAUGGAGAUGGAGAAAUGGGCUGCUGGAAGAAGGAUGGCACUGAUCCUUGUGCUGCUGUGCUGCGUUUUUGGAGGAGAUGCGUACGACGUCCUCGACCCAACCGGCAACAUUACCAUAAGCUGGGAUUUCCAGGAAAUAAAGGUCCUGGUUAGCCUGCACAACUACCAGCUCUACCGCCACGUCGAGGAUCCAGGGUGGAGGCUGAGCUGGUUCUGGGCCGGCGACGAGGUGAUCUACGACACGACCGGCGCAGAGGCAACCGAGCAAGGCAACUGCAGCCUAUUUGUGGGCGCCCACAGCUGCGAGAAGCACCCGGUGAUGGUUGAUCUGGCGCGGGGCGUGCCAUAUGCCCGUCAGGUGGACCACUGCUGCCGGGGCGGGGUGCUGUCCUCGCUGACACAGAACAGCGAGGCGGCCACCUCGGCGUUCCUCAUGCACGUCGGCAACUUCAAGUCCUCGAGCGACGGCAUCCCCCAGAAGCCUUUCAACUUCAGCCUUGGGGUGCCUGGCUAUAGGUGCAGUAACGCUACAAUGGUAGCUCCAACGAGGACUCGGAUCGGCAAGCACCGGCACGUCCAGGCGCUGAUGACGUGGCAGGCCACCUGCUUCUACUCGCAGACAGCGGUGGGCCCGUUCCGGGCGUGCUGCGUCUCUUUGUCCACGUUCUACAGCAGGACGAUAGUGGAGUGCCCCCACUGCACCUGCGGUGCCUGCCCAGCUGGGACCUCCACAGCGCCGCAGUGCCAGGACGCCGAGAUCCGGUGCACUGGGCACAUGUGCCCGAUAAGGGUGCACUGGCACGUCAAGAAGAGCUACACCGAGUACUGGCGGGUGAAGCUGUCGAUCAACAAUUUCAAUAGGUUCAAGAACUACAGUGACUGGAACAUCGUCGUCCAGCACCCGAGUCUACAGGAGUUGACCCAAGUUUUCAGCUUCGCCUACGAGCCGCUUGUGCAGCGCGGCACGAUCAACGACACAGGCCUCUUCUGGGGGCUCCCACGCUUCAACCAGAUGUUGCCCCAGGAUGGUACUAUGCAGACAGAGGUCCUGCUGAGGAAGGGCAAGGAUUUCAGCUUUUCUGGUGGGUGGGCACUGCCUAGAAAGAUAUACUUCGACGGCAGCGAGUGCGCGAUGCCGCCACCAGAUGACUUCCCCCAGCUGCCCAGCAGCAGCCCUGUUCAGCGCUUCUCAGGAGGGCACAGGUGGCUGGCCUCAGGGGCCGUCUUGGUGCUUGGACUUCUGCUGACUUGA